CGUUUUAUGGGCCAAUUCCCCAGGCCAGAAUGAAUUAAUGAGUAAAAAGUUGUCAGUUUGUCUUUUUGUUCUAAAUGAAAAACGAGGAAACGGCUGUCCACUUCUGUUCUCCCGUUUUUGGUUAAAAACGAGAAAAGAGUGUUUUUGCUGUCUGGUUUUAGCAGUAAAAGGGACUAUCAAAAGGCCGUCGUGUCCAUAAAGAUCCGGACCAAGAAACAAGGAGCCCAGAGGUGCAGUGACUGACUAUAGCUGAUAAGACGAGGCGUCACUGAGAUAUCAGCAUGGCAGAUUAUGCAGAAAAUGUCAGCGAAGAGUAUGAUUAUUCAGACUAUUAUGAAGACAACACCAACAAUAACAGUCCUUACAGCAUCACCGCUCUGAGGGAUUUUGGCAAGGUCUUUCUGCCCACCUUCUACAGUCUGGUUUUCGUCCUUGGCGUCAUAGGCAAUGGUUUAGUGGUGUGCGUCCUGGUGAAGCACCGCCACAAGACCAACUUAACAGACAUGUGCCUCUUCAACCUGGCUGUCUCCGACCUCGUCUUUGUCUUCACGUUGCCUUUCUACUCUCACUACUCCGUGGUGGGUGAAUGGCCUUUUGGAGACUUCCUCUGCCGCUUCGCCUCUGGCUCACACACCACUGGGUUUUUAAGCAGCAUCUUCUUUAUGGUUGUCAUGACGCUGGACCGCUACAUGGUCAUCAUGCACGCUCACAAGGUGGCACAAUAUCGCACUUUUAGGGCAGGCAUCGCUCUGACCGCCUUUGUUUGGACGAUGAGUUUGUGCUUCUCCCUGCCGGCCGUCUUCUUUACGAAGGUGACGAACGAGUCCACCGGAGUUGCCUGCAGCUACGAACCAGAAAACGAUGCCUGGAGGCUCUAUGACAUCAUCAUGAAGAAUGUAUUGGGCCUUGGGAUUCCACUGUUGGUGAUGAUAGUUUGCUACUCCAGGAUCAUCCCCAUACUGCUGAACAUGAGGAGCACCAAGAAGCACCGCGUUGUCAAGCUGAUCAUCUCCAUAGUGAUCGCCUUUUUCAUGUUCUGGGCCCCAUAUAACAUUUCCAUUCUCUUGGAGUUUCUGAACUUGUCGACCGAUUGCAACUCAUACCAAAGUCUUAAGCUGUCGAUAAUAGUGACCGAGACCAUUGCUUACUCUCACUGCUGCCUGAAUCCCAUCAUCUACGCCUUUGUGGGACAGAAGUUCGUGAGACGAGUAUUGCAGAUGUUGAAGAAAUGUGGCUGCGGGCACUCUGGCUGUGGGUUUCUCCCCUCUACAAGAGAAAAUAGCUCACACAGGAAAAGCUCAGUUAUGUCCAGGUCCUCUGAUGCCACCACCAAUUUCAUCAUGUAGGAGGUGGAUGGUAGAUUAUUUUUUAUGGACAUGGCUUACAGGGUUGAUACAUUUUGCUCUGCUUAGUGUUAUUACUGAGUACAAUAUUGGCAUUGUUCCUGCUGUAAGAUCUGUUCGGUCUCAUCAGUUUUAGUCAUCAGCAUUGUCUAAGCUGAAAACGCUGCAUGUAUGUGUGUAUGUCAUCUUUAUCUUUUUUUUUCUUCUAUCUUUAGACCGUUGGAUUUUUACUUUCAUUGUGUUGUGUGUAUCAUAACUUGUUAGAUGUGUAGUGCCAUCAAGUGUGAGCCGAUGAGUAUCAGAAUCUCUUCAUGAUGUCAGGUCAUUUCUUUUUAAAGGUUUUUAAUGCCCCUCCUUUUCCUGCUUAACAAUUGACUGUAAACCAUGAACCUUUUGUUUACUAUUUUCUCAAUUUGGUUUCAUGCCUCACAUUUUUACCAUUUAUUAACUUGUUUUUAUUAUUUCUUGUGUCUUUAUUUCGGGAACAUAGUUGUCCCAGUUAUAUUACUUUAAUGUCAGCGUUAUUUGCAAACAAUCUAAAAUUAACUCCUAUUUCAGCUUUAUGCUUAAUCUUUUCUUGUUUGUUUGUUUUAUUUUUUUGGUAUAGUAGUUUAGAGUUCCAUCUCUAAAGAGUACCCAAUUAUGAUGAUGUUAAAUUGUGAUUUUUCUUCUUGCACGCAACAAAUCUAAAGCACAACACAACUUUUUUUAAUUUAAUAAAAAAGUUAUGCGCCAUAA